GCGCGGCCCGCGCGCAAGAGCCGGACCGCGGGCGCCGCCCACAGUACUCCCGGGCCCUGCCGAGCGAGGCGGCGCGGCUUCCGCGCCAUGGGGCGGUUGCUGGCUCUGAGCUUGCUGGGGAUAGCGCUGGCGCUCCUGGGCGAGAGGCUCCUGGCGCUCAGGAAUCGACUUAAAGCUUCCCGAGAAGUAGAAUCUGUAGACCUUCCAAACUGCCACCUGAUUAAAGGAAUCGAAGCCGGCUCUGAAGAUAUUGACAUACUUCCCAAUGGUCUGGCUUUCUUUAGUGUGGGUCUAAAAUGUCCAGGCCUCCACAGUUUUGCACCAGAUAAGCCUGGAGGAAUACUAAUGAUGGAUCUAAAAGAAGAAAACCCAAGGGCACUGGAAUUAAGAAUCAGCCGUGGAUUUAAUUUGGCUUCAUUUAAUCCACAUGGUAUCAGCACUUUCAUAGACAGUGAUGACACAGUUUAUCUCUUUGUUGUAAACCACCCAGAAUUCAAGAAUACAGUAGAAAUUUUUAAAUUUGAAGAGGAAGAAAAUUCUCUUUUGCAUCUAAAAACAAUCAAACAUGAGCUUCUUCCAAGUGUGAAUGAUAUCAUAGCUGUUGGACCAGCACAUUUCUAUGCUACCAAUGACCACUAUUUCUCUGAUCCUUUCUUAAAGUAUUUGGAAACAUAUUUGAACUUACACUGGACAAAUGUCAUUUACUACAGUCCAAAUGAAGUUAAAGUGGUAGCAGAAGGAUUUGAUUCAGCAAAUGGGAUCAAUAUUUCACCUGAUAAAAAGUACAUCUAUGUUGCUGAUAUAUUGGCUCAUGAAAUUCAUGUUUUGGAAAAACACCCUAAUAUGAAUUUAACUCAAUUGAAGGUACUCAAGUUGGAUACACUGGUGGAUAAUUUAUCUAUUGAUCCUUCCUCGGGGGACAUCUUGGUAGGCUGUCAUCCUAAUGGCCAGAAGCUCUUCGUUUAUGACCCGAACAAUCCUCCCUCAUCAGAGGUUCUCCGCAUCCAGAAUAUUCUAUCUGAGAAGCCUACAGUGACUACAGUGUAUGCCAACAACGGGUCUGUUCUCCAGGGAAGUUCUGUGGCCUCGGUGUAUGAUAGGAAGCUGCUUAUAGGCACUUUAUACCACAGAGCCCUGUAUUGUCAACUUUAAAUGGUCCUUUUGCUAUGCAGGCAUGCUAGCUUCUCUUAACAAUUUUCUAUGAAUUGCUAAAUCUGGGGGACUUUAACCAGCAACGUUGACCCAGAAAUGUAUGGCAUGUAUAGUAAAUUUAUUUCAUUAAUGAAAGCCCCCCUUCAGUUCACAUAGCACUUUUAACGUAAAAGGAAAGUGAACAGUUUUUAAAAUUGCCAAGGUGAGAGAAGAAAGCUGCUUUCGGUAAAGUGAAUACACUUUGCAUAAAAUAAGCCUGCUUUCCAACUGCCAGAGCAUGAAUUCCACUGAAACAGGGUAGAUUAUAUUUCCUUAAAAUGUAAGUGACCUCAGCUCCACCAGUGUGACCACUGUGACUCAGAACUACUGACAGGUAACAUGUUUUGAUAUUUUGUACUUACAUCUUUGUUUACUAUUAAAGAGUUGGAGUUAUAGUAAAGACUAACUAAAAUCCAA